GUUCCUGCGCUCCCUGCACGAUCAUUUAUCGUGACUCGUGUGUCGGGGAAAUCCGCGAUAUCUGUAGCGUUCAUUUACGCCAGUGAAGUGUAUGAGCGUGUGUGUGUGUGUGUGGAGGUGAAUUGUUAUCUUGGAAGUGAAGGUGAUGUGAACUGUGUUCGUGUCUUGUAGUGUGACCCUGGCUACAGCCUCGCUUGGUUCUCCUCGGAACUUGAACCAAACACUGCAGUCAGCACUCGAACCAAUACCGUUAAGUCUGGUCGUGUGUCCGUCUGUCUCUGAAGAAAGAACACAUCAACAGGCAAUGCUGACUACUUAGCCUAACCUCAACCAGUUACCAGUCCACUCAAACAAGCAUUCAACAAGCUGGAUGUCCGGUCAAUCCGGAACCUCCCCGACGCCCCUACGCCCAUGGCAGGAUUCGCUUCGCUCGGCCGGACAGGCACUGGAGUUCCUGCUGGCCAGUGGAACCCAUUCCGACGUUACUUUGGUGGUGGGCCGCGAGGGUAAACAGUUCAAGGUACACCGCUUAAUCUUGGCUAUGAGGAGUCCGGUGUUUGAGGAUCUAUUGGUGCUUAACCCCGUUAGUAAGAGCGGCGUCUUACCACUGAGAGACGACUCGCCCUGGGCAUUCUACUGGCUCCUCGACCAUAUCUACACUGACAAGAGGGAGAUUGACAACAUGGAGCUCGCCCUCCAGAUCCUUGGCUUAGCGGACAAGUACAUGGUCGCAAGCGCGUACGACACCUCCAUCAGGUACCUGCAAACAGUCGUAAAACGCAACAACGUCCUCAAAAUAUACAAGUUCCUGGUUCAUCUGUUUGCUGAUAAUGACUCUCUACGGAGUCUUUGCAAAGGGGUGUUUCUGGACAAUGGGAACGCGGUGCUGGUGUCUCCAGCCCUGAUGGACCUCACGCCGGAGGCUAUGUCUCAGCUCCUCAAGGAACCUCUGACCAUUACUUCAGAGACCGUCAUCUUCAAUGCUCUUGUCAAGUGGGGCCAAGCACAACUAAAGCUCCAGGGAAAGCCUUCCACUCCGUCGGAUCUCCGCAAGGAAAUCAUCCAGUUCCUACCUCUAAUACGAUUCUACACCAUGACCUCAGACGAGUUCGUACAGCACGUCCUCACCACAGACGUCUUGAUGCCUGACGAGAGCGUCUACAUGCUGAAACACAUUGCCAAACCACACGCCGAACCGGUUUCGUCCACCCCUCUGGGCAAAUCGCUUCAUAUCAACACCAGCAGGGAGAGCAGAGCCUCUCCCAUCACCAAGGACCGGAUGAGGACGUGUUUGUGUGAGGGUGUGAGCCGGACGUGGCUAAGAGAGCCCAGCUACCAGUUCCACCUCGUCUCCUCCGAUAACAUCGUCCUAUUGGCUGUGAAGGUGCAGCUGGAUGGUGGAGCGGAGGACGUGCAGCUGGAGAUACGGAAGGAGGACGCCAAGUCUGCGGUCUUAGCGAGUGCCGAGGGCCGCGGAGCUAACAUUUCCUUCAAGAAUCCGGUCCAUCUCCGCGAAGCCGUGCCCUAUGUCUUCACCCUCCAGGUCACCGACUCGGCCACGGCCCUCUACGGCAACAAGUUCUCGCAGAAGGUCUUUGAAGCGGAGGGCUUCCAGAUCUCUUUAAGUCAGGGAGUCUUUAUUCAAGCGUUUAUUUUCUUCUGAUCAAGGUACCAUCGUGGCUAUGGUCUCGAGGGGGUGCUGAGAGGUAUUCACCGGCAGUAAUUAUUUCGAACAGUGUGCCCAGCGUAUACAACAACACGACCCAUUCUCCAAAUGAUAUUAUUUAUAAUAACUAUUUGGUGAAGCGUACAAAAAGGGCUGACCCAAUCAAAUUCAAAGUUAUGUACUAUCAGUUUUAGAGUGCUCGACAAAAAACUAAUUUCCUAGGACUAGUAUAGUGCAUAUAUGUAUUAAAUUAGACUCACUGUAGUGAAUUUAAGACUUGGAUGGCUUAUUUUGGCUUUAGGCAGGUUAGGUUAGGCUUUAUUCUUCCAUCUCUUUAGUAUGCUAUUUGGAGUAACUGAAUUGCACAAAACCAAAAGUUUUUGGGGUCCAGCAGUCAAUUGUAUACAUCUGACUAAAGAGUUGCUAUUAGUACUAUAAUUGUUGAAGUUUGGGGGAUUACAAAUAAAUCGUAAGAUUGAACAAUAUUUUAAGAUAAGCAGUAGUUUAUAGUAUGUAGGCAUGCUUCCUUGAUGAGCAAUGUACUUAUAAGUGUUCCAUCAUUUACUACCGUACUUUCAUACACUUAAUUAUAGGUAGUAGUUCCUGAAUUAACCUUAUAUAAUUAUUAGUGGAUCCAAAAUAAUCAUCCAACGAAAUAUCUUAUAUAUUUGUCUCAUUAAACACAUUCAGUAGCCACCAACACGUUGACAUAAACUCUUAGAAAAAAGUAACUCAACACAAUUUUAUAUCCGCAUCUCUGAAAAAGGUGGAUGUGAGCACGAGUCGGCCAAAACAAAAAGACGGAUGAAAAACUUAUUGGUGGCUGUGUCCGGUGAAUAUUUUCCGAGACAACAAAAAAUUGCAGGUCUUGGGGGGGAAAGUUUUGGAACCACGGAUCAAACUUCACCUGUUCAAAGUUGUUGUAGUUGUUCAAGAUGGGUUCUGGAAAAUGGUUAACUUUUUUUUAAGUGACAAGUCUAUCCAACAACAAGUUCAAAUGAUUUAUUUCUCGUUUAACUAUAAUAAAUAAAGUUUUUAUUAUGUUGUAGAAACCUAUAUAUUUAUAUACGGCGAUCCUUAUUAAAAAAAUAAAGGUAAAACUAUU